CAUCUGCGAUACCAGUAUCGCUUCGGUCAUAGAGCACUGUCCUCAUCGUUGCCUUUCCAGAGAACUCCAAGUAGCGUGUUCACUGUACCGCGAGAUCUCCAACAAGUCCAACGAGUCGAGGCGUUGACCAUCAAGGUGGUUCUGCGGAGAAAGCAGAGUCCGUGCGCGCGCUGUUUUGUUUGCGGCUCUCGGGAUUCACAUCGUCAGCGCUUCCAAGGCACGAUGAAUAGUCCACUAUGCGACGGUUUAUCGACGCGACGGUUUAUCAACACUUGUAUCCUCUUCAUCGGCCGAUCCGUCCCAGGUCCCGUGGUAGAGAUCAUGCCAUGACAACCGCAGCCAGAAAACUCAUCUGCUCCCCGAGCAUCAACAACCUCGCAACAUCGUCAUCGCUACACGCCACUCGGGCUCCCGAAACCCCACCCGAACCUGAAUAUACACAGUGCAGCAUACAAGCCCGCUUGUUCCACGUCGGAAGCGCCCGCUCCUGCUGUCCCACUUCGUCUUGCUCGGUCGUCUUUGCAGUGAGCCGGACUACGCCAAAUCUUGGAGCCCGCAACGAUUACGAGUCCGCCUGCCCGAUGACACGUCCAUGUCGACUACAGCUCCUACCGAGGAUACUUGAGUGCUUGCAAGGGAGAGGGACAAGGAGAAGGAGAAGAGGAACAAUCCUGAACACUGGUGCAAAGACUGUCGCAAGCGCCAAUACCACUCAGUACCCUUCAUCAGUAUCCUGCUCAACCAACGGCCGUCUGCACGCCGCAAAUCAUACGUAUCGCCACCCGCGAUGAUUUUGAGCCACCGCGGAUGCAUGCAAGAAGACAACAGCAAGCGCUCCGCUACUCACUGGUUGACGGACACUUGGGACAAGCGCUACAAGCACUGGGAGAAGAAAGAGAUCAAUA